AUGUUGACUCCUAUGACGGACGUCGAACAAAUGAUCGCGAAGUUGAUGGUCGUACGUCGAACAAAUGAUCGCGAAGAUGCUGCCCCAUAUAAGAGGAGGCCAGAAUCGGGGAGCUCAGUUGAGGGCAGCAGUGCUCGAUGCUCUGCUGCUACUGUGUCUUCAUCCACGCUGGCCGUGAUUGUAGAGGCCGAGCCAGUGCGUGUUUAUUCGCACUCACUGUGA